AUGGAAACAGCAGAAGACGAGCGCUGCUUUGCUCUCAUCAACAACUCCUGUAAAAAGAUCCAUUUCUCUGAACCAGACGCGAGCUCCGCCCUCUGUGUCCUCUGCAGCAUCACCGUCCUCACCGUGCUGCUCAACCUCCUGGUCGUCAUCUCCAUCUCCCACUACAGGCAGAGCCGCAGCACCCACCUGCACCCAUCAGCACCCACCUGCACCCAUCAGCACCCACCUGCACCCACCAGCACCCAUCAGCACCCACCUGCACCCACCUGCACCCAUCAGCACCCACCUGCACCCAUCAGCACCCACCUGCACCCAUCAGCACCCACCUGCACCCAUCAGCUCCCACCUGCACCCAUCAGCUCCCACCUGCACCCAUCAGCACCCACCUGCACCUUAAUAUUCAACAGUGUUGCUUGUUGUGCGAAUGUGUUGAAAGCACAGACUGUAAAUAGUCUUUAUGGUACUGGAUUUAUGGUGCAGCUCCACACGUGCACCAACCUCCUGCUGCUCUCCCUGGCCUGCUCCGACCUGAUCGUGGGGGUCCUGGAGAUGCCCAUGGAAAUCCUUCUUUAUCGUGGUUGCUACUUUUUGGGAAACUUUAUGUGCGGCCUUUAUGGCUUUAUGAGCUUCCUGGUGAUCAGCGUCUCUGUGGGAAACAUGGUAUUGAUUUCUAUAGAUCGAUACAUCGCGAUAUGUGAACCCCUGUUUUAUCACAACAAAGUCACAUACAAACGUGCGCAGCUCUGUGUCAUCUUCUGUUGGCUGUUUUCAACCGUUCACGCAGUCUGGGUCGCACGAGAGUUCAUUCAACAACCGGACGUGUAUAGUUCCUGCGUAGGGGAGUGUGUGAUUGUGGUGGACAGGGUGGAGGCCGCGGUGGACCUGGUCGUGACUUUUGCAGCUCCGAUCAGUGUAAUCACAGUUUUGUAUGUCCGGGUGUUUGUGGUGGCGGUCACUCAGGCUCGAGCGAUGCGUUCUCAAGUUACUUCUGUGUCAAUGCAGAAAUUAGGGGCCAAGAAAUCUGAGCUAAAAGCAGCAAGGGCCCUUGGUGUGGUCAUACUGGUGUUUAUCAUCUGCUCGUGUCCGUAUUAUGUUUUCAGUUUGUUGGCAGAGAGCGGACUCACGGACUCCUCGGGGGACGCAGAGUUAUGGCUGCUGUAUUUUAACUCCUGCAUCAAUCCAGUCAUCUAUGCGUUCUGUUAUCCCUGGUUUAGGAAGGCCAUCAGAAGCAUCGUGACACUGGAGAUCUUAAAGCCAGACUCUAGUGUAAUAAACAUGUUGUAG